CUUUCUGGCUGUAAAUUGAGACGGAAACACGGAGAAGCUGAAGAAAUGGAACAACUAGCAAAACUCCUUCUGUGGCAGCUUUUGCUUCAGCAAAGUUCUGUUGUUAACUUAUAUUCAGUCCCAGCUGAUGCCUCAAACCCAGACAGUGUUGUGGUGUCAGUAUUAAAUAUCAGUGCUACACUGGGGUCUCAGGCUGUCCUGCCCUGCAAGAGUUACCGCAUGGUGUGGACCCAGGAUCGUCUGAAUGACCGCCAGCGUGUAGUCCACUGGGACGUAUACAGCAACUACUAUGGAGAUAACAAGGUGGAGAGGCUGUGUGACAUGUACUCAGCUGGUGAACAGCGUGUCUACAGCUCCUACAACCAGGGGAGGAUAUUCAUGCCCCAGAAUGCAUUUACAGAUGGAAACUUCUCACUGGUUAUCAAAGAUGUUGCAGAGAGUGAUGAAGGCACAUAUUCCUGUAAUCUUCACCAUCACUACUGCCACUUAUAUGAAACUGUGAAAAUUCAACUAGAUAUCACCAAAAAAGCCAAGGAAGCAAAGCAGUACUGGGAUGGGGAGAAGGCUGUGAUUGUUGCCCUGGAAGGCAGCACUGUCAUGCUCCCCUGUGUGAACCGGAACCACAUCUGGACUGAACGGCAUAGUGAAGAGGAGCAGCAAGUGGUCCACUGGGACAGGCAGCCCCCAGGAGUUCCUCAUGACCGGGCUGACCGCCUGAUUGAUCUGUAUGCCUCUGGGGAACGUCGCUCUUAUGGACCUCUCUUUAUUCGUCAGAAGAUGAACAUCACUGACACAGCCUUUGCUGUGGGUGACUUCUCCCUGUGGAUUUCAGAGCUGGAGAGUGCAGAUGAAGGCACGUACUCUUGCCACCUGCACCAUCACUACUGUGGCCUGCAUGAGCGCAGGAUCUACCAAGUCUUUGUGACAGAGCCAGUGAGAGAGAAGAAGGUGGUGAACCUCACCACUCACAACAUUGCCCCAGCUAUAGAUACAAAUGUUGUCAGGGGCCACAAUGUGAUAAAUGUCAUCAUCCCUGAAAGCCGGAUACACUUCUUCCAGCAGCUGGGCUACAUCGUGGCAACUCUGCUGCUCUUCAUUGUCCUCCUCAUCAUUGUUGUCCUCAUCACCCGCAAGCGCCGGCAGAGAGGUUAUGAAUACAAUGUGAAGAAGUAUGGAGAGAAGGAUGUAAAUCUUAAAGAAUUUACAACAGUCGACACAACAGAUCUGACUCAAUACAAAAGCGAAGACAUCAGGCUGGAUUACAAAAACAAUAUCCUGAAGGAGAAGGCUGAGCAAGCCAGAAGCUUCCCAGCAAAGAACAUUGACUUAGACAAAGAUUUCAGGAAGGAAUAUUGUAAAUGAAGACAUUCUCAAGCUGCUGGCUGGACCAGAAGCUGCAGUCAAAGAUAGAUAAAAGGAAAAGAGAUGCCUUUUCUUAUUAUUAUGUCCUUCCAGUUACCUUAGAGUUUUGAUAUAGGCUUUGUCCCCACUGAGCACCAGGGUAUUUGCAAGUGCUUCCUGAAAGAGUUAGAUGAUCUGUCUUAUAUGCACUUAGGAUAGAUUUUGGUGGCCUUUUCUUUUGUUCUCUCUACCCACACACACACACACACACACAAACACACACACUUUUCUUUCUGAUAUUAUUGUUGUUCUUAUGCAUCAAUGAUUUUUAUAAGCUGCAUCAGCAGACGUUUUGCUUUUAAAUAAACCAAACCUGCACCACCACCCUGAGCCAUCAUUAUAUCAGGCAUUUUUCCAUGUAGCGUAUUCAUCAGAAAAAUAAUAGCAAGGCCUGACUGUGAUCUCCCAUAUGCUGGCGUAAAUCAGGAGGAACAGUACUGUCACUUCGCACUUUAAAUAAUCCAGGUAAACUACAAACAGUCUCUAUGUCACCCCUUCGCAAAGGACAAUGUAAAUAUCCCCAUUAUACAAAUGGGGAAAUUUAAGUAGCCUUAUUUUACAGGGAAAGGGGAGGCACACAAAUUCGGCUGCUUGCUACUGUCGUAUGGCAGUGUGUGGGUUAGUUCCAAAGAGCUCUCAAAGCGUGACUCUGUAUUUCUCACUUUAAGCUUGUCUGUUGAUUUGUUUUUGUUUCACGGCAGACCAAAUCAAAUUUGGCAUGAGCAGACACUUUCAGCUGAAGUUGAUGGAGUUACAGUGCUGUAAUACGAGUGUCAGUUAGAUCAGAACCAAAAAUCUCAUUAUGGAGAGGGCUAAGCUCCUCUGUGGAAUCUGGAAUGUGAUUUUUCCUGCAGUCCUUGGGUGGAUCCUGCUCACACAGAGUGUGUGUACGCAUCAAAACAAAGGUAUGAUUACAACACAGGUAAACAGAUUGUUAAAAGGACUAACUUCCCAAGGGCAGACCAUGAGGAACGAGAGUAACAACACACUCCACCAAAUACCUUAUCAGGCAUUUUCACUGGCCAGGCUCCCAGAAGAAGAGCUGAGGAGGCAGAUGAUACUAUUCUUGUAGAUUUUUGGCAUUGUUUUGGGGAGCAGAUGCCUGAGAUACGGGGCUGUGGGCUGAAGAGGAGUUACACAAACGAACAGUCAGCUGGAGAUGCCCAAACAUUUGAAAGAUGAGAAUUCGGUGUUGUAAUCCAAGCAAGUUAAAGUGUCAGGAAAGCCAGAAAGCUGUUACAGAAAAUGACAAUUCAGCACAGCUCCUCUGACUACUUGGGAUAUGCUGUGGCACUAUUCUCAAACCAAGGCACACGCCUGGUCCUUGGGACAUUGUAAGAAAGGAAGGCCUUCCCUACUGUGAGCAUGAUGACAGUGGCUUGUGUUCUUAUUGUGUUCUUGUUGUGUUGUGUAAGAGUGAAAGUGCCAACAGUUGCUAGUCUUCUCUUUGGUAGUCUGAGGAGAAUGGAGGAGGGAGGCAUUGCAUGUGAACUUGGUGCCUGAAUGGAACUGGGGUAGGAUUUCCAGGGUGUUGUGAACAGUGGAAGUGUGAAGAAGAGCUUGUGUGGAACUACUGUGAGGGUGAUAAUGCAGUUUUGGUCUUUGAGCAAUGCUCUCUUGCAGCUGGUAUCUCAGCAUGGAUUUCUUCCUUUGGAUGGAGAAUCCUGAGGUCUUUGCUGGUGACCAAGUAGUUGUGGUUCAAGGAAAGCUUCUCAGUCUAUCAGCUAAACAGUUGGAAACAUGACCUGCUGCCUAGUAUGGUAUGUGUCUCAGCCAUUGUUGUAAGCAGCCUCAGCACUUACCUGGGAAUAUGUCAGUGCUGCCUAAUAGGGGCACAAGUUUCUUGGCCAAACUGGAAAGAGAUGUUGUCGCGACUGGGUGAAGGUGCCCACUGCAUGAGCACAUAUGCUACAAGAGCCCAGGGCUGGUUUGAGAACUGUCUAGCACUAUGGGUCUCAGCAGAGUAGGAAUCCAUGUCAAAUCCCAUACCUGCCCCAUUUCUUUCCACCCUUACCAACCUAGGUGUCUUGUCUUAUUGUGCCAGUGUUGUCAGACAUCCCAUUUCAGACCUCCUCUCUCUCCUCCCACAAACAACACUGAUCUCUGCUGUUGUGUGGUAGGGCUCAGUACGACUCAGCAUCUCAGGGCUGCACUACAGUGAGUGCGAUAAAUGGCUGAGUUGCAGCCAUUUACGCUGAAGCUGAGCUCAGCUCCCUAGCUCUCUGCCAGAAGAGUGGUGAGUGAGGCCUCCUAUGUACCAGAAGAGCUGUAUCAUCUAUUCAGAACCCAGGAUGUGAGUACUUCAAUGCACGCUUGCCAUAAGAGUGAAAAAUGGACCACAAUGUGCUGGUGAGGACUUUAUUAAAGAAGAAUUAUUUGUUGAGGGGCAUUAUGUUUAAUGCCUUCAAAUAUUAAAAAUAAUAAUAGAAAAAUGGUAGAAUGGAGAUGAGCCUUCCUAUGCUGCAGCCAGGCAGAUCCUUAUCUUUUAGUUUACUUAGCCCUUUCACAAUUGUCUAGACAGUUUCUGUGAUUUCCAAUUAGCUGCCUUUAUCCUCACUUAGGAUUCACCCCUAUAAAAGUGCUUAAGUGGGGCAGACCCAUGGCUAGUGGGAAGUAGGGCCUGGGUUGGGCCCAGGCUCCUAUUUUAUUUUUCUGCCCUUCCCCAAACGUAGACAGCCAUUCUGAGAUUGCCUUUGGCUGGACCUGACUGAAACCCAAGCCCCAUUCCUGCAGGUGCAUAAGGCUGCACUGGUUAUUCCAUCAGGGUGGCACAGUCUCAAGUAAUCACCGUUAAUGUCUUUCUCCCUCCCUUUCAUGUCUGUGAGUCAAAGGUUGGAGAUCUUUACUUGCCAGUUCACAUUGCUUAGCAUAGCUCAUAUAGACACCAGCUCGAAACGGGGUUACUCAUAAACUCCAGAGGCAUUUAAAUAUUUUAUUUGACUGCCAGGCUGCAAAAUCGCUUAAGGGGAAAGAAAUUAAUAUGUUCUCUGAAACAGGCACUAAAAAGAGCUUUAUGAGUUGCUUUGAUCACCAGCUCGAAUAUGGGUAAUGGUCAGACAUUUCCUAGACUGAUUCAGAUGGGAGACCAAGUUGGGAUUAUAACCCUUUUUGCUUCAGGAGAGGGAUGUGUGUAUGUGAUUGCACUGAAGAUCAGGACGGUGGUUUUCAAAAGCAGCCUGCCACAUCCAGUAUGUAAUUUAGCAAGUUAAAAUUCUGGGAAAAAGAGAUCCAGGCCAGACUGCUGGAUAACUAGUUGUAUUUUCAAACUAUUGAAAACAGAAAAAAAGAAAUCUAAAUAAUGAGCUGGAGAAGGCCUUUUUUUGUUUAAUGCGGAGGAAUUAUCAAAGGCUAUUUGCCCUCAAAUACUGGUGAGAAGCCAUUUAGGUCCCUUACGUAUGUCCUUUGUAUUCUUUUGGUCUUUAGCAUUGGCAUGAAGUGUAUGUAGCUGAUUUUGCACGUGAAAAUUGGAAGAAGGCUGGACUUGCAAUUAAGUCACUAGACGGAGGGGCAGAAACACUGGGUUCUGUUUGCGCUCCGCUAGAGAUUCAGCGAGAUCCUAGACAGAUUAGUUUUUUCUCUUUCUCCCAUCUCUCAUUUCAGCCUUUCUCGCUCUGAUAUGGAACACUAACUGGGAGAAACAAUGUUUUAACAUUUGCUCAGCACUUUGAGAAUGCUAAAUGUGCUUUGCCUGAGUUGCUUAAAGCACUGUUAUUGCUCUACCAAUGGAAUGCUGCAUCUCAGUAGACUUCAUAGUCAUAUGAAGUCUGUCACUUCAUAGGCCCUUGGCAGGCUUUGCCCCAUUAUAAUCUUGAUUUCCUGAGACAUGCAUUUUAUGUUCAGUUAGUUAAAAUAAUAGAAUUUUUAUGCUAAAUACUUCUCUGUGAGUUCCACAGCUCAAUGAAGGCAAGAGAAUUGAAUGUACCUCAUAGGAUAAUUAGAAUGUUAUGGACGGUAAGCUCUUGUUGUUGAACAAGGAUACAGCAGUGACCUUAAAAGGGGUUAUGCUAAAUGCCAAUUGGUCUCAGAUUAUCUUGGUUCUUUGGAAGGAAGAAAUUUCCAAAAGCUUUCUUCAUAAGGAAAAGGAUUCUUUAUUUUAAGUUUUAUUACGAUUCCUGGAAUUGAUAUUUUUUGGUCCUUGUGUUUGGAGUAAUGAAAAUGCUAUCCUUCUCUCAUGAUUUACUUGAUGUAUCUUGAUAGGAAAACUACCAUACAGUUUUUUUAUUUCACCUGUGUUCAUGUUUCAUUUGGUGUUGCUACUCCUCGAUCUGUUUUCUUCUUUCUUUCUUCUUAUCAUUGCAUGACAAUUUGCAGGGGAAGAGAGAGUAUUGUGUGUACAAAUCCUGGGCUUAGAUGAAUGAAGAUGAUAUUGUUAUGAUCUUAAUUGGACAUAAAUAGAAGAAAUGCUCAUCUGCAGAAGGGAAAGUAAGUACAGAUAAAAGACUAAGGCACCUGUGUGGGAUCAGUGACUUGGAAAAAGGAGAAGAGGAUGGAGUCCAUUUCAAAGAGUCUAAGGAAAAAAUCUUUCCAUAAGCCAGUGAGGUCUUAACUGAAGAGUUAUUGAGCUCAUGCAGUUCUAUAGAUGAACAAUCCUUAUACAAAAGCUAAAGGAAGAGGGAUUAUAUAAAUAAUAAGUGAAUUUUCUUUUUUAAUGCUAAACUGUACAGCUGCCUCAUAGUACUUGAAAAUGGCGCUUUAAAGGGGAGAUGGUUUUGCAAAUUAGAACCUUCCAAGUGCUGUGGUCUACCCCAUAGGUGAGACUGACAGGUGUGAUGCUCGGGGUGCCUGCAGCUAUAUAGUAUGUGACUUCACAAAGUGAAGAGUGAAGCAGGUGGCAUUUCCUCCACUGCGGUCACAGCUUUGGUCUGUGUUAGGCUCUACUUAUGUUAGCAAGUUGUGCAGCCCCAUACAAGCAAAUCUGAGAGUGGAACGGUGGUUUUGAGAACCUGACACCCACACCUUAUGUGUUUUCGGAAAGGGAGGUUACUUUUGAUUUGCACCAGUCUGAUCUUUGGACUGAAACUAUUAGUAGCUGGAGCAUGCUUUUUUUAGUUUAGUUUCCUCUGAAAUGAAUUCAGCUUGUGCACGUUAAGGCCGCUUCAAAAUGCAAACCAAAGUGUGCUGUGUGGAAACAGUCAGAAGAUUUGCUCUAAAGCAUGUUUCUGGUCUGAGGUGGUGCUGCAGGUGGACCCUUUGAUUUCAGCCUGGAAACUAAUGAUGACAACUUAGAAUGCAAAGUAAAGGAGAGCACUUUGGCUGACACAAAUAAACAACGCCCCCAACACAAUCUUACAUUUCUGCUACUUGGUGAUGACACAGAGCCCAAGACUUACAGGCAGGGGAGAGCAGAACUGAGGAUACAGAGCUACACAGUGCAAUAUUGGUUUGCCAAAAGAGACACAGCAUGGCACUUACAUAACGGAGACAAGAAAUAAAUCCCCUCUUUUCAGCUCUGUGCACACUCUGCUUCCUCUCAAGACUGAGUCUGGACUUUAUGGACUGGGUCCAUAAAGUUUAUUUUACUCUUUGCUGUAACAGAAUUAAUUUUCAUUAUUAUUGUUACUUAACUGUUAUCACUCAUCAGUUGGUUGUAUAACUCUCCUAACAUUUAAGAAAUAAAGGAGAAUAUAAUGGAGUUUCACGUUCAGGUUGAUUUUACUUCUUGCUCUUUUGAGAUGCUAUCUAAGCUGUUAUCCACCAUUAGCUCAUUCUUCCCAGUAGCUAUGCAGCAUGUUUCAU